CUCGGGGAUCUCAGAAGACAGCAGACCUCGGGAAAAAGAGGGGGAAAAGGGCAUUUUUGAGCACAAAGGGGCUGCGAGCUGAGGCCCCACACAGAGAGACACAAAGAGAGGACCGUCUGACUCCUCCCUCAGUUACCAGACCGGAGAAUCCAAAGGAGACUGCGCAAGGAGAGGGAAGGAAGGGCCCCGCCGUCUGAAAAUGGAACACCCUUCGCAGAUUUGGCACGUACAGGUUGGCCCCCAGGACGCGCCCGUGGAGCUGCAGAAGACGGUCCCGGCCGCGAGCCAGCCGGAGUGCUCCAUCUGCUACAACACAUACGACAAUGUCUUCAAGACGCCCAAGCUGCUGGAGUGCACCCACACCUUCUGCCUGGAGUGCCUCUCCCGCCUCAUGGCCGUGUCGCAGACCGAAGGUGAAAGCAGCGGCGGGAGCCUGCGCCUCUCCUGCCCCUUCUGCCGCCACCCGACCACGCUGCCCGAGGAGGGACCCCCGGCCCUGGCCACCAGCCGCGAGGUCCUGUGCAAGCUUCCAGACCACCAGCAGCAGGAGCAGCCGGUGUGGCUGGACGGGGAGAAGCUGUGCUACAAGAGCGGCAUGCACAGCGCGGGCUUGGGCGCGCCCGAAAGCCCAACGGCCUUCUGCAUCUGCGUUGACAUUGGCGCCAGCAAGGCGGUCGGCACGCCGGCGGAGACACGCUCCCCGAGCUACGGCCUGCUGGGUCGGAUGGGCGACUGGAAGAGGCUGAUGCUCUUCGUCGUGCUCAUUGUGCUGCUGGUUGCCAUCGUGCUGUGGCCACUGCAGUGCGUGUUCACCACCGGCAACAUGCGCUGCAUGCGCGAAAUCCGCCCCAACCCCACGCUCAGCACAACCACUGCCACCCUCGACCUGUUCACCAGGCUGCCUGGUGCGUCAGAGUGAACCUGUGACCGGACUAGAUGGACUGCAUCAGGAGCUGUAUCAUAUUGUACAUAAGACUUGUAUUUUUUUUAAAUAUUUGACACUCGAUUUCUGCUGCAUAAUUACACUUUUUGAAAAGUGCACUUGAUUAUUGCUGCACACAUUACUGUCAACACCUCAGGUUGUCAGAGUUCAACAGACGCUGAAGCCUCAAUGUGGCCUUUUUGAAAUGUCUGACUUUAGCGCUCCCCGGUGGUGGUGAAAAAAAACCUCAAACAGUGGAAAUACACCACCAAUAAUCUGUGCUAUUGUGUCAUAUACUAUCAGGAUCAUUUAAAUCAUAAUCACAUGAAGAAGAAAAAAAUCGACACAUACCAGCUUUAACUCUACAAAGCUGGAAUCGACAGUGGGUCAGCAACUCAUUCAGCCGAACGGAGAAGUUUAAGAUGCUGACGUCCAUUCGUGAAAUUUAAACUCGGCUUUGUAAAUAUCUGCUUGGCUGAGGCACAACAAAGAGUCACGUUUAAAGUUAUUCAUAAGACAAAGAAUGAACGUGAUCCCCAUGUGCCAACUGAAAACUUUAUACAUUGUAAAACUGAUUUGUGUUUUUUUCGACGAACCCGUCCUUGUUUACAGAACUGUAAUGAAAUAAAAUGUGAGGGACCAACUCAAGAUUAUGUUUUUUGGUAAUAACAAGACGCCUGUGCCUCGCUAUUGAGAAUGACAUCGUCUGAUUGUGGAUUUAAUGCACAUGCAUUUCAAAAAUAAACAAACAACUAAAUGAA